AUGAGAGGGUCACCUUCAACAUCUGGUGACGUCUACAGCUUUGGCAUCCUGUUGCUAGAGAUGUUCACAGGAAGAAGACCCACAGACACCAUCUUUGAAGACGGAACAAACCUCCACAUUAUUCUAUUCACCCUCUUAUUCAACAAGGCUACUUCUGUAUUUGGAUACGGUAGUGAGUGGGGUAGGAUACAAUUGUUUGAGAUAUUAAGUGGUGGCAGCAGCAAGAGUGACAACAGUACUGAUGACAACAUGUACAACAAUAGUGGGGGUGGCAGUAAUGAUAAGGAUGGCAGAACAAGCAGUGACAAUGUCGUGGUGGCAGUAGAAAUGGUGGUGGCAGCUGAAGGUGGCUGA